AUGGUCAACGUCGUCGCCCUCUCUACCCUGGCUGUCUUGGCCGCGGCUCCCUUCAUUGGAGCCGUCCCCACCGCGACCCAGUCUGAUGCCGCGGAAGUCUUCUCCUUCGCCAAGUGGGUCGAUGGCAUUAUUGCCAACCCCGAAGGAGACAACUUGACUCCCAGCCAAGCUGUCGAGGCCUGGAGAGAAUCUGUCAACGCCACCGAGUCUGACGGCACCACUUCGACCAACAGCCUUCUCCAGAAGCGCGUCACUUGCAACACUGUUGCCGGCACUGAAGCCUCCGUCCCUGACGCGGUAUCUUGCAUCAACGACCUUGCCCGUAAGGGCAGCCAGGCAUGCGUUGUUUCGUCUGUCUCUGUCUUCUGUCUCCUUGGCAAUGCUCAAAUCACCGGUGUCAAGGGAGGCACUAACGCGGCCUCUACUUCUUCAGCUUGUAACGACGUUGCCCGUGCCGGCGGUCUUAUUAUGGACAGCUGCACUCGUGCGGACAACACUGUCCAGGGCCAAGAGUAUGCGUGGGGCAACGGCAAUCUGCUGGUGCACAUCCGAAGGCCCGGUUUGUAG